GAGGAGGCGGGGCUUUUUCUCGUGCUGUAAACCAAUGACAGAGCAGCGAGCAACAGGUGAGAACUAAACAAAACAUACCUGCGAGCUCACUACACGCAGAACAGGAGGACUCCCGGAACCGGAGACCCAGAGACCAGGACCGGGAACCGGAGAGACCGGGAACCCGAGAGACCGACCAGCACCGCUCGUCGCGCUCCGACCGUCCGCCCCAGCGGAGACACCGUCCCGCUGCAACCCGAGACCCGCUUGUCUCCGGUGGCUCCGGUUAUUUAUUCAUCGGUAAUCCUCCACCGCCAUGUUCGCCUCCGACGAGCUGCGGCCGGCCACCAACGGCCGGAAGCCGCUGGGGAAGCUGGCGUCCCGGCUGGAGGAGGUGAAGAACCCGUGGCGGCAGGUCUCCACGCUGGAGCUCAGCCACAACGAGGCGGCGCGCCUGGCCACGGACGCGCUGCUGGAGCACGGCGAGAGCGAGUACCGCCGGGUUCUGGGCCAGGAGCGCGAGGUGAGCUUCCUGUCCCAGCCGGAGAUCCAGUACAUCAGCCAGCACGCGGCCAGCCGGAGCUGCGGCUCCGACGGCGGCGGCUCCAACGAGCGCGACAUCGGGGACGGCGACGCCGUGUCCGAGCUCACCUCCGGGACAUACUUCCCCAUGAUGUCCGACGAGCAGCCGCCGCCGCUGGAGCUCGGCUGGCCCGCCACCCCGGUCCGCUACGGGCCGUCCGAGACCAAGGUCUACUUCCAGAGGGACAAGUCCCACAACCUGAAAGACAUCAUCCGGUCCCUGAUCAACCGGGCCAAGAAGGUGAUCGCCGUGGUGAUGGACGAGUUCACGGACGUGGACCUGAUGUGCGACCUCAUGGAGGCGUCUAACAAGCGGAGAGUUCCUGUCUACAUCCUGCUGGACGAGCGCAGCCUCUGCAGUUUCACAGACAUGUGCUCGGCGCUGGAGAUCCAGAACUCCCACCUGAGUAACAUGCGCAUCCGCAGUGUUUGUGGUGACACGUACUGCACGAAGAGCGGCAAGAAGUUCACGGGUCAGGUUCUGGAGAAGUUCAUGAUCAUCGACUGCGAGGAGGUCAUUGCUGGUUCAUACAGCUUCACCUGGCUGUCGGCUCAGGUUCACACCAACAUGGUGAUGCAUUUCUCAGGUCACCUCACAGAAAUCUUUGACCGGGAGUUCCGGUGCUUGUACGCCGACUCGCAGGUCAUCGACGGUUUCUACAACCCCGAUGAAGACGGGUUGCCGUACUACGCCUCCUACCACAGUAUGGUGACGGGUCUGGCCAUGGGGGCCAGCCGCGGUCUGGGGUUGGAUCUACUGGUCGAUCGACCCCGGGACAGAGCGUGCUCGGAAAACUCUAGCAGCCAAUCCAGUAACAGCGUCUCCAGCGUGAAAAUGGCGCCCGGAAUGACUUCAAAUGCAAUUUUCAAAAGUCCUCAUGACAAGAAGGAGCCUUAUUUGAGCCCACAGAGGAGGGAUGGAGGGCAGACCACGCCUACACGGGGUCCAGCCAACGCCGCCGUGGGCCACACGCCGGUUCUUGAGCGCUCUCCGGCGUACGUUCAGACCAAGACCACGGACUGGAACAAGCCCAGCACUGCAGACGCCAUGCGCCCCAACAUCGGUGGUGCAUGCUCCAAACUCCAGGGACUAACCCUGUAUGACAAUAAGCCCAGUUUGUUCCACAACAGCCCCAACCCAAACCUGACCCCCAAAGCCCAGACACCGACCGCAGGGAACGACGGCAAGCUCACCUCCAAGCACAGGUCUUCCUCCAGCCCGUUCAUCAACAAACUGUCAGAUCUCUUCCUCCCGCCGUCCUCCAAGGACAAAGAGUCCUACAACUUCAGCAGGACGCCGUCCCCUCAGGGCCCCUCGCCCUGGGCGGGGCCAGAUCUCUCUCAGCCUGAGCCAGAGAGCCACCAGAGUCCUCCGCCUCCCGCCGCCUUCAUGAGCCGGCACGACCAAAAGCGAAUGACGCUGGGCCACAGCAAACUGGAACUGGUGACCCAGUACAACAAGAAGCCCAAGCCGGUGUACAGCCGCUUUGAGCUGAAGAGCAUGAACUAACUCGGACUGUCAGGUCCCACACGCCUUACCUCCAGAGAUCUGCUGGACCUCUCACAGAGGACUUCUGGGAGGUCCAGGCCGUUUUUCACAUUUGGAAUAAUCUGGAUGGUCUUUCGGAGCUGCGGCCAUAUUGGCUCAGAUGCAACGAUUCCUCCUGACUCCGGUUCUUUGAGCAGGCAGGAGCAGGUACAUGAUCCUUCUGUUCUGUCCGGGUUUACAGGAACAUUUACAAAAGCAGGAUCUUGAUAAAGAACUGCAACAGCAGAUGUUGUGCCUCCAACACUCCAGAACUUCCAUUUUUGUCACACAGCGAGGAAGCAGCAAAAAAACGUUCUUCCUUUAACUCCUCAUGAAAACGGUUCUUUAAGAGUUUCUGUUUGUUGGAUCUGCAUCACAAUCAGAGGAUCAACUACAUUGAUAUAAAUCAAACAUCAAAAUAAGUGGUAAAUUAGAGGGAAAUGUUUAAAAAUAUUCUGAAUAGAGUUGAGCUGAAAUGAUUGAACAUUUGUCCUGAACUCUCAAAUGUAAAGUAGAUGUUGAUCACUUAAAUUUAGUUUCUUUUUGUAUUUUUAAAAAUAUUGUGCAUUUGAAGGGAAGUUCCUGUAAACUUACACAGUUCUGUCUUUAGAAUCCUAUAAACACUUGAUGUGUGAGGUUGUCAUGGAAACGGGCCUCAUCAUUCUGAUCUGGUCACGUUUGGGAUGGACUGCAACGUCUCCAGAAGAACAAUCGGAUCUUUUUUAGAACCAAAUGUUGACUUUCAGCAAUAAAGACAUCUUCAUAUCUCUAGUUG